UCAAAUUUAGUUUACCUUUAAACUCUCGAAGAUGAUGCUCGUAAACACAGAAAAAAUGGAAGAAUUUAAUACUCGAAGAAAAGUGUUAAAUCGUGUAAUUUGUACACUUUUAGUAGAAGCGGGAUUUGAUUCUGCGGAUAAAGAUGCUGUGGAAACACUAACGGAAAUGCUUCAAUCUUUUAUAGUUGAAAUGGGACAGUCUUCGCGAAAUUACUGUGAGUUAGCCGGUAGAACCGAAGUUUUGGGAGCGGAUUUAAUUCUUGCUUUAAUAAAUGCUGGAAUGCGAAUAGACGACAUAAGUACUUAUGCAAUGAGGCCAACUCGGACAAUUUUGCCGCAACUUCAACAACAAACGCAAACAAAGCAGUUAAAUAUUUUACAGGCCGGUAUAAAAAAGAAUCAUCCUCCUCAUAUUCCCGGUCAUUUACCAUCUUUUCCAGAUCCACACGCUUAUAUCAGAACUGCGACACACAAGCAACCCGUAACAGAAUACGAAGCGAUUAGAGAAAAAGCGUCGACACAGAAACGUGAUAUCGAAAGAGCUUUGACGAAAUUUGUUGCUAAAACUGGCGACACCCAUAGCUUGUUUCUGACUGAAGAUAACAGCAUGUUUCCUUUGAUUGCUUGUAAGCCACAGCAUCCAAGCUAUCUUAGUCCACUUUUGCCCACGGAUCAAGUUUUUGAUCUGGAAGCAGAAUAUCAAUUUGAACCGAAACCUCUUAAAAAGAAGAAAGUGAUCAAAGUUAAGGAAGAAGAUAUAAAACCACAGAUCGAACCCGCAGAUCAAAACGAAGAAACCAUCACGCAACAAGAUGCGAUAGACAAUCCCUAUUUACGACCAGCGCAAAUUCCUAAAAAUAUAAUGGAUGAAUCGUAGUAAAAAUAGAAAAAAUAAUCUUUCAAUUCGUCUAUUAUCGAUAAAACUUGUACAGUACUCGAAACUUCUCUAAUAUAUUUUGAAUUUGUUACACAA